AUGAAUGCUGCGCAUUUUGUGAUGUUCGGUCUGUUUAUAGUCAAACGCUUGUACAGUUCACAAAAGUAUCACUCCCGCUUCCCCUGUAUGCUUAAAUCUUGAAUGAAUGAGAUCGAGGACGGUUUUGGGUAUUGGUACUUCCUGUAGAGCUUCUGGAUUGUGAUUUGUUAUUCUUCGUUCAUUGAUCUGCUGCGAGGUUAUUAUUUUGUUGAUUUUCUCGUCUAUUUUGAGUUCGAUUGCUUUCGGUUUGUUUCGAUUGCGGGAAUCGGGUGGAAUAGCUGAGCAUUCGAUUCUGGUGACGAUUCAGGACAGAAUCGUCGAACAUAUCAGAUUUCCUCCAGAUUUUAAACCUAUGGCGGCAGUGCUGAUUUCUAACAACAGCUAUGGCUUCGUUGGAGGAUCAGUAAAUCAUGGAAGAUGGGGAGACGAUAUUAGUUUUUCUGGAUCAGUCAGAGACAAAAGUUUUCAGAAGUUCAACAAAAAUACGAAGAAUCUAAUCAAAACACGGAAACUCCACAGGCUUCAGGUGGAAAUGCAGCAGAGGGAAUUGCCAGACAAAGUAGUCAAGAAUGGCAGAGUCAUAGAAAUGGUAGCGACAAGUGAGAUAAAGAAACGAAUGUCAUUAGAUAAUUCAAAAACUGGAUCUGCAAAGAACAUCAAUGGAAUUGUACAGAAUGUUAAUGGUCAUCAGCAGUUAGUCAAGAGAGAGAGCCUGGUCAAGAAGGAUAGUUCUCUGUCCCUUACAAAAUCUGCUAGGCCUAAAGAGUUUCUACCCUUUGAAGGGCCAAAGAUUUUGCCUUCAGCCAAAGGUUAUAGUUGGGCGAAUGAAAACUAUAACUCCAUCCAGAGGAAUAUUGACAUCUGGUCCUUUAUCAUUUCACUGCGUCUGCGUGUUCUAUUGGACAAUUCCAAGUGGACAUACAUUGGAGGCUUCACAGAGGAUAAGCAGAGAAAGAGGAGACGGAAAACAGCUAUAUGGUUACGGGAGCGUAUCCUCCAACUUGGUCCAACCUUUAUCAAACUUGGACAAUUGUCCUCUUCACGAUCAGAUCUAUUCCCCAAGGAGUUUGUCGAAGAGCUUGCUAAACUGCAGGAUCAAGUACCUGCUUUUUCAUCCAGUCGAGCAAAGAGCUUGAUUGAAACUGAACUGGGUGCUCCAAUGCAUAUUUUGUUCAAGCAUUUUGAAGAUGAACCAAUUGCUGCUGCUAGUCUUGGUCAGGUUCACAGGGCUGUUUUGCAUAAUGGAGAGAAAGUAGUGGUUAAAAUUCAACGUCCAGGACUGAAAAAACUUUUCGACAUUGAUCUUGGAAAUAUGAAGAUAGUUUGUGAAUAUUUUCAAAGAAGUGAAACACUAGGUGGUCCAACAAGGGAUUGGAUUGGGAUAUACGAAGAAUGUGCCAAGAUAUUGUAUCAAGAAAUUGAUUAUGUCAAUGAAGCGAAAAAUGCUGACAGAUUCCGUCGUGACUUUCGCAAUAUAAAGUGGGUUCGAGUGCCUAUGGUCUUCUGGGAUUAUACGGGAACCAAAGUAUUGACCCUGGAGUAUGUUCCUGGUAUUAAGAUCAACCAGUUGGAUAUGAUUGAUGCGCGGGGUUAUAAUCGAUCAAGAAUUUCAGCACAUGCUGUUGAAUCCUACUUGAUUCAGAUGCUAAAGACUGGUUUCUAUCAUGCCGAUCCCCAUCCUGGGAAUCUUGCAAUUGACAAAGAUGAAGCACUCAUAUACUACGACUUUGGGAUGAUGGGAGAGAUCAAGGGCUUCACAAGAGAGAAGUUAAUGGAACUGUUCUAUGCCAUUUAUGAAAAGGAUGCAAAAAAGGUUAUGCAAAGUCUAAUAGAUCUGGGAGCCCUUCAACCAACAGGGGAUUUGACAUCGGUGAGGAGAUCAGUGCAGUAUUUCUUGAAUAACUUGUUAAACCAAAGAUUCGAUAAGCAGAAGACAUUGUCUGCCAUUGGUGAGGAUUUAUUUGCAAUAGCGCUAGAUCAACCUUUUCGGUUCCCUUCAACGUUCGCCUUUGUGUUCAGGGCAUUUUCAACUCUUGAAGGCAUUGGGUACACUCUAGACCCCAACUUCUCCUUCGCUAAGAUUGCUGCACCAUAUGCUCAGGAACUGUUGGAGAUGAGAAGCCAGCAGCUAACCGGGAGGCAAGUUGUUCAAGAGAUAACUAAACAAGCUGACGAUGCAAGAUCAUACACGAUGUCCAUGCCUUACCGGAUCCAACGGAUAGAAGAGAUUGUCAAACAACUUGAAUCAGGUGAUAUAAAGCUACGCGUUCGUGUCCUUGAGUCGGAGAGAGCAGCUCGGAAAUCGACCAUACUACAGAUGGGAACAAUAUACCUACUGUUGGGUGGUACCCUUAUGAAUCUCGGCCUCACAUUCAGCAUGGGACUUAGAGGCACUCCAUUUAUUUCAAUUGGUUUAUUUGUAGGAGCCAGCAUCUUCAUUCUUCUAUUUAUACACUCCAUCAGAAGGGUCAAACGAAUCGAAAAUAUAGAGAGCAUGAUAUGACGUUAAGCUAAAGUUACUUAACAGAGAAAUAGAGUGUCAUUUCCGAUUCCUUUGAUCACCAAAUAAAAUCAAUGUAUUUCAAUAUUACUACUGUUUAUAAUAAUAGCCAAACUGAGAGAUUCAAAACCAAAAUAUUCCUUUUUGCAGCACUUUAUUCAUGCAGCCACUCAUUCAUAACAGAAGCAUAGCAUAUAAUCUGGGGACAAACCUGAAAUAACAGCAACAUAGGUUUCUACUACUGGUUGUUACCCUUAUAGAAAAACCGUGAAACGAUGCCCAGUUUCCACCAA